UCCCUGCUGUUACUUCUACCCGCUCCUCCUGUCAAAAUAAAGCAAUAAAGGGAAAAAAAAUGCUUGUUCGAUCACGGUUUGCAAGCAUACCCCAUUACCAACAGAUCGCUCUAUUACGGCAACGAUCGAUCCAUCAAACUCCCGCUGCCACUAGUACUGGUGAAACGAUCCAACCUCGUACAGACGAAGAUCGUGCUGAAUCUUUUACAAAAAAUGUUGACAGUGCAGAAUCGCAACCAGAUCAACAACGAUCGAGUUUCUACACAAGCGCUACCACUACAACGGAAACAAAUAAACCUUCCACGAACGAGAUUGGUGCGGAAUCUGAUACCAGUGCCAAAUCUACUCAAAGACCUCAACAUCAGCGAAGAAGGUCCUUGGCAGAGCGACUGUGGGCAAAACUCGAAGGAGAACUAGAAGAUACUGGAGAAACAAAGUCUGAUGCUGUCAUAUUGACAACGAAAAGCAAACUCAACAAGAAACUCAAAAGGCCAUCAACACCUACAAAAUGGGAGAAAAUAGAUUAUAGGCUCAAAUAUGAAAGGGUGGAAGCACCAGAGCAACCAGAAGUGGCUACACUGGCGCAUGGAUUGGAUCGGGUGCUUUUCAAUCCAGGUGUACAUUAUCUCAAAGAUCCUCGAACACGCGAAUUUAACUUUACCCCAUUUUUGGAAUACACUACACAGCCAGCCAAUUUUGACUAUGACAUGUUGACACCCUACAAGACUUCCUCCAAAGAUACGAAUCUAUUGGAUAUGGCACAAGCAAAUAAUAUGCGGUACAUUGGAUCCACGUCAUCUGUUUCCUCCAUACUGUCACAAUUCUAUUUCUUGAUCUCUCACUUCAAACCUGUGAACACCUCCAUCUUUUCCGAAACGCUCAAAUCCAUGCCCAACAAGUUUACUAGAGGCACAAGAACACCUGCAUCGGUCAAUGUCCGAUGGAAAGAUGGCGUAUAUGCCAUUGAUGCAGACAAGACAUAUGAUAUUGAAGAAACAGUUUUAUCAGUGAUGGGCAAAUCUAUGGAAAAGAUGCUAACGCUGGAACCUGCUGAAUAUGAACGGUAUCUCAAAGAUACGGAGGCGUCACCGAUAACCGAGGUUGAACGCAGCCAACCCGAAACAUAUGCAUAUGGCAAGAUUGGGCAGUUCCUUUUGCGUUCACAGUUGGAUUGUCAAGAUCCCCGAUUACCUCGGAAAACGUUUGAUUUAAAAACUCGUGCGACCGUUCCGAUACGCUUGGAUAUAAGCAAUUAUAAGGAUUAUUUGGGUUAUUCGUUACGACGAUCUCACGGUCUAUAUGAAUCGUUUGAGCGAGAAUAUUUUGACAUGUUGCGGUCGGCGUUUCUCAAGUACAGUUUCCAAGUCCGUAUUGGCCAUAUGGACGGUAUUCUAGUCGCUUAUCACAACACGUGGAAACUGUUUGGAUUCCAGUACAUCUCUCGGGAAGAGAUGGAUGCUCGACUAUUCGGUAAUAGUCGUAUGGGCAGUGAAUCGUUCCACAACGUACUGCUACUGUUUCACGCAGUGUUGGAUAAAGCAACAAAGAGAUAUCCAAACAAGUCCGUACGGAUAACGGUUAGUUCGGGUGCCUCGCACAUGGAUAUAUUUGUGGAGCAACUGCCUGAUGAUGAUGACAAAGACUACGGGGCCGACGCGAAGAACGAAAUCAACAGUAAUACCAGUAGCUCACCAUCGACGACGACGACGACGACACAAGAAGAAACUUCAACACAGACAGCGGAAAAAGAAGAUCAAGAAGUAGAAGAGCAUCACAUUGAGGACGACGAUGACAAAGGAAGCGAAUUUUUUGAGACGAAAAACAGAAUUGAUAUCGACAGUGAAGUUUACAAAAACCCAAUGACGCACUACACACUCGCCACACGAUCGUUUAUAAACGACAUAUUUGUCGAAAAAGGAGAUCCAAUAGUGCUGGGGAAGAAGACGGAUGUCUGGAAACUCCAAUACAAUAUAAACGAGGUGCGUAUGAAGGAACAAGAGUCGAGAAACAUUUUUAGAGCGAUGCGGUUGCAACAAGCUGUGCUGCAUCGAAGACAAGGACAGACCAAUCAAUCGUUUAUCAAUCUCAUGAAAGAUAUAAGCAACCGCGGUUUGGAAUAUGAAAAUAUGGAAAAAUCCGGUAACAAAUGAUGGUGAUAAUUUAAUAAACAGUUACAAAUUGAUUAAAAAACUUUAUAGAGGGAGAGAGAUUGGAAUGGUUCUGUUUUGUGGAUUUAUUUGUAAAUACAUUAAGUUUCAUCACUCCAUGUAUACUUGUUAUAAUAGAAAAAAGGCGGGUUAUUACGUUUCAG